AUGUCCUUGCAUGGCCUUCCAGAUCCUGAGACUCUGGUGGGCAUCGCGAACAACCUUCGCACGGCAAAAUACGUCCAGUUGGCGGCGUUUACGAUUCUAAUAUAUGAUCAUUUGCUUACCUUCCCACUAGAGUUUGACCGCGUCUGGAAGCAAAAGUUCUCAGGAGCAACUCUGCUUUUUCUCCUCAAUCGGUACAUAACACCGCUCCAGUUCAUUCAUUGUCAUCGUCGGCGAGUACCUCUCAUAAUCCACAAACCACCGCAUCUGAAGUCCGGUUCAGCAUUUCAUCAUCCGAAAUGGACAGGAAAGACGUGUGACGACUUUGUCCUCUUCGAAGGCGCCACGAGUGGUGCACUGGCAAGUAUUUGUGAAUUGAUUAUGAUCCUACGGGUGUACGGGUUAUACCUAAGGUCAAAUCGCAUUCUGGGCUUUUUGAUGUCACUUUGGCUUGUGCAAGUCAUUGUACAGUCGAAAGGUGUUAGUAUGGGUUUCGCCGUGAAAUUCCCUCCAGGGCCAGCAUUUGUCGGAUGCAUUUUGACGGGCCCGAGUAACUGGUUUGCCGCUAUUUGGGUGAUCGCACUCAUGGGCGACAGCGUCAUUUUCUUCCUCACCGUGUGGCGCGUGCGCCAGUACCUCUCUUCACCGGAAAGCUUGCCUAUACUUCACAUCAUCCUGCGAGAUGGGACGAUGUAUUUCUUGGCCAUAUUCUUGAUGAAUCUCGUCAACGUCUUGAUGUUUUUCUUUGCUUGGGCCGACCUGAAGUUCCUAGUUGCACCGUUUAGCGCCAUCAUGACCUGCGUGUUGCUUUCACGCCUGGUCCUCAAUCUACGAGCGGCGCCGUCCUCCAAUAUGCCUUCGUCAAUGGCACUGACGAGACCGAAGGAGGGCUUAGUGUUUGCGGCAAUAGCCACCCGAGUUGUUGACACGUUCGUCGAGGACUUUGAGACGGCAGAAGAUUAUGAUUCAAUAUCGAGCGACAACGAGGACGGAGGCAGCCACCACCAUCAUGAUUCAUCUUCAUCUGAAGUGUAA